AUGAUUCGGCUCUCCGUUAUCGCUAUAGUGCUCCUAGUCACCCUUGGGGAAAGACGAGUUGACGCGGGGAAGGUAGUGGUAGCAGGAAAGAGGUUUACCGCUGAUUUCACUUACCCAUGGAACCCGGAAGUCGACUAUGGCGCGUGGACGGACAAUCACACGCUCACUACGACUGACGCCGUUGUCUUCGAGUACUCGCAGCAAGAGGCAGUGUAUUCUGUGCCGUCGUACAAAGAACUCGUCGCAUGUGACUUCUCGCGAGCGAACCUCCUCUGCUCACCAGAGAACGGCACCGAUCGCGCGUGCAUGGUGCCGGUGACGCCAACGCCGCGGUAUCUGACGUCCGUGGAGGAUCAUUGCCGUCAAGGCCAGCAAGUUGUGCUCCAGGCGGCGACGGUCGCAACGGCUUCCACGCUCGCUUGGCGGAGAAAGCGCGUGCUUCCCCGCCUGCCCGAGGGCCUUCCAAUAGAUUUCGCUGUGGGCGGCAGUAGCGGGCUGGGCGCGCCGCCCGUGUUUCUGCCGCAGGCGUCGGGCAGCGGUUCGGGCAGCGGCAGCGGCAGCGGCGGUGGCAAGACGAUCGUGGUGGGGAUGCCCAAGGGCGACUUCACGUACCCCUUCAACCCCGCCGUCGACUACAUGUCGUGGUCCGCCCGCACCACGAUUUACCGCGGCGACGUCAUCACGUUCAAGUACCCGAUGUACCAACAGGAGGUGGUGCGCUUCACGACUCUUAACGCGUACAAGACGUGCAACUACAACAGUGCCACCAUCGUGUGCUACGACGUGUGGGGAGCAUUCACUAAGGGCUGCACGAUCAAAGUGGAUAACACCACGGCCUAUUACGGCUCAGGCCUCUACAGCCACUGCCGCGCCGGCAUGAAGUUCACGGUGCGCCCCAAGGCCCUUCCAUACGUGCCGCGCAAGUUGGUGGUGGGCGAGCCGCUGGCGCAGUACAACCCGCCCGACUCCCAGUUCACGUACCCCUGGAACCCGCGCUCGGACAUGGCCGCGUGGACCACCGCCACCAAGGUUUACAAGGGCGACAAGCUGGUGUUUAAGUACCCGAGGAAUGCCAACACGGUGUACCAGGUGCCCACGCUGGCGGACUACAAAGCGUGCAACUAUAGGAACUACAUCGCGUCGUGCGGCCCAGAGGACGGCGUGGGCGUGGGUUGCGAGACGAACCCCAUCACGACCACCUCCUACUUCAUCGCCUCCACCUACGGCAACUGCAUGCGCGGCCAACGGGUCAUAGCCACGCCCUUACCGCCUCCAAGUUAA